AUGUAUCGUGAAUUAACGAUUUCUAGCAAUGUUCAAGAGCGGAAGCUGACUAAAGCAGUCAAGACCGGUAAACUCAGUCUAACAGCUGACGAACUGAAGGGUAGCGGCAGCGUUAUUCAUCUUCACCCCGCGUCGCACGAGAAGGCCCUUAAGGCACGUAGAGCUGGGCGUGGUGUUCGACUUGAUAUCACUAAGCACGAAGUCAAGAAGGGUUACAAACGAGCUCAAGGUGGUUCCAUUUGGAGCAAAGUUUGGCGAGGAAUUAAAUCGGCUUUCAAAUUCGCAAAGGACAGUGGAAUUCUUUCGCGUGCUGCCGAUGCUGCCCUAUUAAAUCGAUGA